AUGAACAAUAUCAUCAAAUAUGGCUCAAUUUCAAAUAUUCCUCUUUACAAUUGCAGCUUGCUAACCGCCGAAGACUGGUCUCAAAAUGAUGGGAGAGCUCAUUAUUUGUCUGGAAUCCUGGAAUUUAUGUAUGGAGUUAUAGUGAUCUUUCUAUAUAUCCCGAUGGUUGCUGUAAUGACUGAAAAGGAGCAAUUUAAGAUGUCCUGUUUUGAAAUGAUGACCUAUCUAACCAUAGUCGAUAUUUUUGCAAUCAUUGUGAAUUCCGUGAUAACUGGCGUUUUAUCUUACCAAGGAGCUGUUUACUGCAGCCAUCCAACGUUAAUCUACGUUUCUGGAAGCAUUGGCUUGGGUCUUUGGGCUUCUUCGUGCCUUGUUGCAAUGCUGCUUGUUACCAAUAGGCUACUUGAUUUUACUUUUAAAUCUGCAGCCAACUUCAUGUUUGACAAAAAUCGGACGUUUUUAGUUUUGAUUUUACCAACUAUAUACGGAUUGUAUUUUGCAAUUUUCACACCUCCUUUGUUAUAUUCUUCCAAGUAUUUGGGAUGGUUUUUUGAUCCAUUUAUAUUUCAAGGAGAAACUGCUGAGUACUACAACUAUCCUCAUCUUGCCAAUAAUAUUAUUGUCGUUGCCGUCACAUGCUUCCUCUACAUCAUGUUCUGUUGUGCUCUUGGAGCCGAAAUGAAGAACGUUAACACCGGAUCUGAAUCUUACAAGCGUAGCAAGCAAAUUUUUAUCCAAUCGGUCUUGAUUUGCGGUUUCAAUCUGACCGCAUCACUUCUCUACGUGUACAUGAAUUUCUUCGAAGCACCGUACUCCAUUGUGGUGGUCGCACAUAUUAAUUGGGAGCUCGGUCAUGGAGCUCCGGCGUUUAUUUAUUUGGUUUUUAACACGACAAUUAGAAAUGGAGUUGCAAAAAAGUUGGGGCUCAAGAAAUCACAAAUUGCACAAAGUGAGUCAAAUCCUCAAGUAGCAGUAAACUAA